AUGGCGGCCUUUUCGGAAUUGUUCAAAAGAUCUCUUUCAUUCCAGCGGAACGAAAAAAAAGAUCGAACAUUGCUUACUAAAAAACUUCAAAAUCACGUCAAGAACAUCAAAAAUGCGGCACCCAUUCUCAUAUUCCCUGAAGGAACUUGUGUCAACAACGAUUAUACCGUUCUUUUCCAUAAGGGGGCCUUUGAACUGGGAGUUGCCGUGUGUCCAGUUGCGAUAAAGUACAACAAGAAACUGGUAGAUCCGUAUUGGAACACAAAGGAGCAAACUUUCACAUAUCACGCUUUGUAUUUGAUGACAAGAUGGAUGGUCGUUGCAGAUAUUUGGUGGCUGCCUCCUCAAUACAUUAAAGAUGGAGAGGAUGCAAUUGAUUUUGCCAAUCGAGUGAAGGGAAUGAUAUCCUCAAUAGCAGGAUUGAAAAAUUUGUCUUGGGACGGUUACCUAAAGAACUACAUGGCCGUCAAAGACCAGUCCAAAUUACGCCAAAAAAGCCAAAAGACUUAUGGAUCGUCACUUACCUAUCGCAUUGCAAGGUCCCGCCAAACUCCAGACACCAGCCCCAUCUUAAGCGAUACCGAAGUUCCCAGCGUGUCGUUGAACACGGACCCAAUGAAUUUGGCUGAUAGCGAGGAGUAUACCCACAAAAGCGCUGAUGAUUCGCCCAAGGCUGUUGAAAACGCAGAAGACAUCAUGACGACAGAAAAUCCCAAAUGGCUCUCCUUGGAUUUAACUGUGGAUGUAAAGAACAAACUGCUCAAAGCUUCCACUGCCACCCGAAACACUCAUUCCAUGCCCACUCUGUGA